AUGAUGAUGAUGAUGAUGAUGAUGGUUUCUCCGGCGGGUGUUUGAACGUGAGGAGCAGGUCGUAAGCGUCAGUCGGGUUGUCUGGGCUCUGGCGGGAAACUAAGCACGCAGCUUUCUGGCAGAUGGCAUUCCACGAGAGCGGUGGGGGACCGGAACGCCAGCAGAGAUGGCUGCUCAGAACACUCUCACGCCCAGCAAAGAAUCUGGAGAGUGCCACAGUGGAACUCAUAACGUUUGAAGUCAUGCAAUGUUUGCGCAGCAUCAUGUCGAUGGCCCGAUCUUCCCUACUCAGACCAGCAGGAAGCAUACCCUCAAGAUGCUGGAAAGACCCUGCUGCAGAAUGAGCGGGAGCGGCAUCGGCCGAGCCAGACUUGGAAAAGCUAGGAAGAACAUGAACCGCACAGAACUCAGAGAUGUCUUCAUCAGCAUCGCCAUCUUCACCACGAGCCUUCUUGCGAGGUGGCGACCCUUUAGGAAGAACAUCGGCACUUCUAUCCAGAACUUGAUCUCCAGCAGCCGCAACAGCUUCAAGAAAUGAGCGCCUUCACCAGGAACAGCACGAGCACCUCCAGAAACAAGAAAUGCACCAUCACCUUCGGAAACGGGAAAGCCACGUAGCUUCACGGGGCCAGGCCGAACAGCAACACCUCCACGACGCCCAGGAAGAUCAGCAGCACCGUCAGCCCCAGCACCUUCACGAUGAAAAUCGGCUAUGUCAGGAAGAAGGGCACCAGCACCGCCAGGGAGAGGGACGGCACAAUUUGGAAGAACAGCCCCACCGCUGUGAUCAGGUGAACUGCUCGAACUCGAACAGGAAGGUUACGAACACCAACAGCUUCAGGAAGGUCAGGACGACCGUAGUCAUGAGCACCUGCGCGAACUCGAGCGGCGCCCGCUGGCGGACGACACCGAACACCGAGAGCAGCAAGAACCCGAACAGCAGGAUCAGCACCUUCAGGAAGAUCAGCACCUUCAGGAUGAGCAGCACCAGCACCUUCAGAAACAGAACCGCCAGGGAGCUCCACAGGACAAGGAUGAUCAGCAGCCUGCUUCGGUAAAAGCUGCAACACCACACAGCUACACCUCCACUGUCACGGACUCGAUCGUCAGCAGCCGGCAGACCCGGAAGAGCGAGACCAGCAAGUCUUCGAUCGGCAGGAUCGGCACCAGGAGAAUCAGCCCCAAACGGAGCAGCGUCAUCAUGAUGAUCAAGCCACAACGAAGCCCAGGGACAGGACGCAGCACAAGAGAGACGAUGCAAUCGUCCGUGGAGGAUUUGUGCGCAUGGUCCGAUGCCUCAACAGCUGGGAGUUCCGAGGCCACGUGCAUGAGCCAACUGACCAGGAAGCCGUUGUACAGUUCCUAAUCCCACUCGUUCUGGAGGCGGAUGUGCAGGACAGCCUUCUGAACGUGCGAGUUGAAGACAAAGUGCACCUUACGACCUUGACGAAUCUGCUGAAUAAGCCACUCCAGCCGAGCCAGUGUGACCAUCCAGCACGUGGAAUGGGCGAUGACAAAGCAGCAGAGAGCGCACGUGCGCGGUAUGGGCCAUUGACCCCAGCAAACGCC